GUAACUAUAUCGCCGCCUUGUGGUCGAUAUGUAACAGAUCGACUGUGCGGUGUGUGAUUUAGCAUGCCUGGCUCCACUCCGCUACAAUCACAACACAGGUCAAAGAUGGCAGCGCUGUCAUCGCCCCUGCGAGUGUGUCGUGGAAUCCUGAAAGAAUUGCGUGCAAUUCAGGGACCGAGUUACAAAAAAUCACUAGCUUACAACUAUGUUAUGGACCAGUUUCGCAAGAAUAAGGUGACUGGAGAAAGGUACUGCCGUGCCAAGCAGGAAGCGCACCAUGCCUCACACACAUACCUGUGUUUACUAGCUUCCACUAGAAACCACCUGGUCCUGCACAAUCUUUACCAUGGCAAGGGAGAGCGCAGCCCAGAAGAGGUGGCUGGUCUCGUGGGGCUCAGGUUGCCCACCCAGCCAGGAGGCAAAGGCUGGGAGAAGUGAGGACACUGGACAAACAGUCUUUAAAAUCUUAAGAGUCGUGUGUGUUUGACUCAUCUGGACAGUCGAGCUCAUGUAAAUCAAACUCUUUGACAGGUUGGGAGUUAUGUUAUGUUAUGUGAGCUUUCUGAGAGAUUAUUUUACCUGUGUUCAAAAGGUAGAAAAAAUCAGUGUACUGUGAAAAUGUAAGCUGCGGUUAAAAUCUGAUUUAAUAUAUCGCCCCCACUACUAAUCCACAGCUCUGUGUGUGUUUAAAUGCAAUGAUUAAAAAUAAAUGUAAGUACAUUUUUAUUUUUGAGUUAUUUCUAUUAAAACAGGAAUCAUUUUGACACUUUUUCUGGAAGGAUGUUUAUACAAUAUAAAUACAUCAUCAAACACGUUGUGUUAUUUAAACUGUUAAUUAAAUAAGUCCUUUAUUUUGAUUUCAUGUACUUAAGGAGCCGGUAAAUACACUUCAUCAGAAGCUGAUCAGCUAGGAUAUUUAGCACACAAUGUAAAAUAUGGCACGCUGAUGAAGCUUACAGUGGACAGACUUUGCUAAGACUUAUUUUACUCACUGUGUGUUAUUUUACAAGUAACAUAAAUGUGUAGUUUUUUUAGUUUUAA